AUGACUGACUACAGGUACACAUUGGUCGAGUACGAACAGAGCUUCCGGGCUCCCAGACUUGGGAAUUGGGAAGUUGACAAGUGGUACCCCUUCGUGAAACCCAAGGCAAGAAGGGGGCACACCAAGGUUAUAGCGGACAACAGAGGACAUCUCCUUCCUGGAGUGCCCAGGAAGGCGCCCUGGGGGCACUUCAAGUCCACCUGGCAGUUACCCAGGAAGAUUACCAGAAAUAUAGGCAAGUAA